GUGAACUCAGGCCACGCCUCUACAGGAAGUGUCGGGGUUGCUAAGCGAUGCGCGCGCUGGGUUUGUUAAACAGAGUCAGAGUCAGUUGAUCAGAGAGAGUCAGACUCCGAGUCAAUAAAAUCACACACAUAAUCCGAUUUUUUAUUAAACAUGGCGGCGACUUUCAGAUCAAAGAACAUGGUUCAUGACCAAAUCUCAGAGUUACAGAGAAAAAUCCAGCUCCUGGAGGGCGAGAGGAGCGCGCAGUAUGAGAGCUCAGAGUGUUUAAUGAAGAAGAACAGAGAGAAGAUCCUGCAGCUCAGGCACCAGAAUAAACUCCUACACCGGAAACUGGCCGAGGCGCUCGCUGGAGAUGAGCAGGUCAUCAGGGACGCUUUUCAAGCCCGCAGCUCAGAGAAGGCUGCCUACAGGAACAUGUCUGCAAAGGAGGCAGUGCAGGUUGUGGAUCAGAAAGUGUGUGAUAAAGUGAAGAAGCUGAACGCACUGAAACACGUGACGAACACACAGCGCCACCGUCUGGAAGAACUGACCAUUGAGUACAACACAAUGAGAGCAUCUGUACCUGGCCUGCUGACUGAUGGGGUUGCCAUGAAUGAAGUGGACGUCACUGAUGUGCAUCCCCAAAAGAACCUGCGUGUGUUGGAGAAUCGGUUAGAGAAAGCACAGCUGAAAUGUCAGGAGACAGAACACAUAAUGAGGAGCUACCAAAAACUAAAGGAGCACCUGCAGGAGGAGAGUCUGACGUUCCAGUCUCAGUUAGAUGAGUUGGAGAGUGAGAUUAUUCGACAGAAGCAGGAGCUCAGAGAUCUGAAGCUAAUGAACAACAACGCACAUCAGGCCAAAGAUGCAGCCAAGGUGGAGCUACAGCAUCAGGAGUUGAUGGUGUAUGGUGAGAGGAGAGAGAGAGAGCUCAUUCUGAACCGUUACAAAAAACACGCAGAGGAGCAAAAAACACAAAGUGACAGAGGGGAACGCCGGGCCCAGAGGGUGGCGCUGCACACAGAUGAGUUGAGCAGUGAAGCCCAGCGCAGUGGAACAGCAGAGGAAGAGAACUACAAAACCAUCUCCAGCUUUGAGGAGGCUUUCACACGCAUCACAGAGGCUACAGGAGUCACUGACAUGCAGGAGGUGGUGGACAGGUUCAUAUCUCAGUGUGACACUCAGACACACCUGGAGAAGAUGAAGGUGCAGAAUGAGUGUGAGCUUCAGCGGCUGAAGGAGGAGAGAGACGCAGUGCACACUCAGUACCAGGACAUGAAGUACUCAGGAGAGACUAAACUGACCCAGAGGAGGAUGUUGGAGGAGUGUGUGUCUCAGUUACAGAGGGAACAGCAGAGACGAGAUGCAGCUAAAGAGACUGUGGAGAGACUCACACACCCACUGAGCACUGUGAGCAACGCUGUCAAACAUCUGUGUGACAAACUGCAGCACAUCACACUGCAGGAUGCCCCUGAGCAUAGAGUGUGUGUGUCUCUGCCUGUGUUAGACCUGCUGUGGGAGGCAGAACUGAAACUGAUGCAGAUGCAGGAUGAACUACAGGGAUGUGAUAUACACACACUGAUCAAGGAGAUGGAGGAGCAGGAGUUCCAUGCCAGCAUUGAGGAGAAGCUUCCUGACUACAACACCCGCAUCACACUACCAGAUUAUCAGAGAGCUGACCUGCAUGAAGAUGAGGACAGUGGGGAUGAUGAUGGUGAUGUCAUCACUCGGACGUCCCUUAAAAGACAGUCGCAGCUCAUCAUCGACUCGAGGACAAAGAGGAAGACUCGUCUGAGGAAGAGGAAAAGCAAACUUUCAUAAGGAAUUUGAAAGGGUCCGAUAAAGGAUGAUCCUAUCUUAUCUUUACAUAAUAAACAAACAUAAUAAAAUAUAAUUCUGUGAUUAAUAGAUGAUUAAAUAAAGAUCCAUAUAGCUCUUUCAUUCUGUCCAGCCCUCAGUGUCCAGAUGUUUAAUUACUGUGUACCACGUCUCGGUCCAACCCUCAGUGCCCAGAUGUUUCAUUUCUGUGUACCAUGUCUUGGUCUAGUGCUCAGUGUCCAGAUGUUUAACCACUGUGCACCACUGUACAUCAGAUAAACACACCUGAUGCGGAUUGAAUAAAUCUAAAUACGUUCACACUGA